AUGGAAGAACAGCUAAUAGUUGAAGUCGAGAAGAGGCCAGUACUGUAUGACAAAAGUUUGGGAACUUAUAAGAAUGCCACAUAUAGAGAAGAAAUAUGGAAGGAAGUAGCCAAUGAGCUUAAAAAUGACGAUGUCAAUACAGUAAAAAAGAGAUGGCGGUCAUUGAGAGAUACUUUUAUAAAAAUGCAUAAAAGUCAAAAGCAACCUAGUGGUUCUGGAGGAGGGAAAAAAUCGAAAUGGUCAUAUUAUUCACAAAUGACAUUUUUGAUUCCAUAUAUCAGAGCUUGCGCUAAGAAAAUUUUAGAACUGCCCAACAUUUUAAUAUUUUUGUAG